AUGAUGUAUAUAAGAUCCCCUUCAUCCUCCGUCAUCUGUCAGUCCAGUUUCCUCAUCCCCAACAGCAUCACUCAGUCUUUUCUACUUCUCUCCCGCCGGCCGGACAUUCUUUUUCAUCCCCUCUUUCUCGCAUCGCAAAGUUUCGAGCUUUCCAAACAGUCACUUGACGAAUCCAACACACCCAUUCUGCUCAGGCAUUCGAAGUACCAAUAUACCCAAGCCAUCCUUCUCCAGCCAACGAACGACAAAAUGAAGUUCUCCCCCCAGUCCGCUCUCCUCGUCCUCGCCCUCGCCCUCCACGCGAGCGCGGCUGCGGUCGAGGACCCCGCCAUGGCCGCCGUCCGCCGGGACACCCUCCUAAUGGAGCGCCAGGGCGCCAACGACAACCGGCCCGUCCCCAACGGCGCCUGCUGCGUCGCCAACACGAGCCUGAAGCAGGACGUCUGCAACGUCAACGGUCAGACGGGCCGCUGCGUACCCGACAGCGUGAACAACUGCGGUGCGAAGUUGACCUGCAUUGAGGACAGCAGGCUGGAUUGCGACCCGAACACCCUCGAGCGUGGCCGGCCCCUUUGCCGCCGUCGCCAGGGAGCGUAG